AUGUAAAUAAAAGAAGCUCUAUUAUUUUUGCUUAUACUUUAAUCGCUGUAAUAGGGAUAAAAUAUAUGUGUUUGUGGGCAUUUAGGAAAUUAAGAAAAAUGUGCUUAAUCAAUAAUAUGUAAAUGGGAUGGCUUAUAAUGUUCACUAAAAGAAGCUACAGAAUAUAUAACAAAAAUAACUCAAUUAGAUCCAUCAAAUUGUAAAAUAUAUCCAUAAGAGAAAUGUAAUACAUUAGAGAAUUGUGGAUUUCACUUAAAUUAGUGCACUGAAUUUCAAGAUUGUAGUAUAUUUCAGAAAGAUUAGUGUUCUGACUCUUCUUAUAGAUGUGUGAGUGAUGGAGAGAAAUGUAUAGAAGUAAAGGAAUGUGAAGAUUAUAUGACUAAUACAGCUUGUUAAAAUAAAAAUAAAGAUGGAAAAUAUUGUGGUUGGGAUAUUUCAAAUAUUCCAAAUUGCAAAAAAAUCACAGAUUGUAGUUUGUUACCAGAAUAUUUUAAAUCUGAUUAAGAAUGUAGAUAAGCUAUUUCUUAUUGUACAGUAAGUAAAAAAUCAUAUGGAUGUUAAGAGAGUGGAGAGAGUUGCAAUGAUCAAUAGAAUGAAAAUUAAUGUAUUACAAAUAGAGAUCAAUAGAUAAAAUGUUAUUGGAAUCCUUAUUAAAAAUCAUGUAAAGACCUAAAAUGUGAAAACCUUAUAGGAUAAACAGAUGAGGCUUGUAAAAAGAUCUUGUCUAAAUGUACUACUAAUGGUGUUACUUGUACAGAUAGGAAAAGGUGUUAAGAUGCUUAAAAUAUAGAAGCAUGUAUUACUGAUGAAAAUAAUAAUAAAUGUGCUUAUAAUAAAAAAUAAUGUACAAUUAAAAAUUGUAGUACUGCCUCUCAAGAAUAUUCAAAUUAUUAUUUAUGUUAAGGUUAUGAUUAAAAAUUGGAUUGUGUAAGUGUUAAAGGUGGAGGUUGCAAAAAUAGACCAUCAACAUGUAUAGGUUUUGAAUAAGAACUUGAUUGUGAUUUAUAAUAGUAACUAGGAUGUAUGUGGUAUGAUGAUAAAUGUUUUGUUAAAUAAUGUUCAUAUGCACCUUAAAGUUAUGGUUAAAGUGAAUGCAAGAAAUUCGGAAUAUGUAUAGGAAAAUAUGGAGGUGGUUGUUAAGAUUAUCCAGAAACUUGCGAUUUGAUAUAACAUUAAGAAUUUUGUGAGUUUGAUAAAGCUGGUAAUUGGUGUAAAUGGUCUUAAAAUAAGUGUGUAUAACUCAUUUGUACUAAUUUUAUUUACCCUGCAUAUGAUACUCAUGAAAAAUGUCAAGCCGUAAGUAAAAAAUGUACAUACAGCUCUCAACUCGGAAAUUGUGUAGAUUAUUUAUGUGAGGCAAUACCUGAUUAGGUGCCAUGUUUAUAAGAUUAUAAUGGAAAUAAAUGUAUGAGAAGAUUUGGUUGUAUCGAUAAAUAAUGUUCUAAAGCUCCAAUUGAAUAUAAUACAAAUAGUAAAUGUGAGGAAUGGAUAUCUAAUUGUACAGUAAAUGUUUUAGUUUUUGGUUCAAAUAAGCUUUUAAAAGGUUGUACAAUGAAAAAAAGUAUAUGUGAAGAAUAUUAUGAAUAAUAAUGUUAUACAACAAAAUCUGGUUAAAAAUGUAAAUGGUCUAUUAAUUAAUGUAUUGCUAAAUAAUGUUCUGACGCUGAAUUGACUUAUGUAACAAAUGAAGAUUGUUUAUAAUAUAAACUAAAGUUGAUAACACCUCCUUGCAUUUUAAAAGUAUCUGGCAAUGGUUGUUAAGAUUGGCCUACAUAAUGUACUUAUUUAGGAAAUUAGAGAUAAUGCAAUUAUGGUUUAUAUGAUGGGACUUAAUGUUAUUGGGAUGGAUCAUCUUGUAAAAGUAAAAUUUGUAGUAAUGCUGCGACGACAUUAAAUAGUAAUAUUUUAUGCAAUGAAUUUAAUCCUUCAUGUAUUUUAGAUUCAGAUAGUAUGGGUUGUAGAGAUAGACCUGCUGAUUUGCUUUGUUCUGAUGCUUCUGACUCUCCUCUUUUUGAUUCACAUUAAAAAUGUUAUGCUUGGAAUAAUAAAUGCACUGUUAAACCAAUUGUUGGUUGUGUAGAAAAAUCAAAUUUGUGUUCUGAUUACUUAUUUAAUUAAUGCUCUUAUACAAUAUCAGGGUAAAAGUGUACAUGGAAUAACACCUUGAAAGUAUGUACAGAUAUCGAUUGUGAAUCGCUAUAAUUUAGUUAUUCAAUUAACAAUUAAAAUUGUGAAAAUUAUGAUAUAAAUUGCACAGUUUCAAGACCUACUUGUAUAGAAAUAAAAUUAAAUUGCAAUUAAUAUACUGAUCAAUAAUCUUGUGUUAUAAAUUAAAAAUUUGAGAAUUGUUUGUGGAAUGGAUCAACUAAUAUAUGUUCAGAAGUACAAUGUGAAACAAAUACAUGGGCAUAAAAUGAAUCAUAAUGUUUUGGAUGGAAAUAAGGUUUUAAGUGUUAAUUUAAAUUAAAUUCGAAUGGAACAUAUGGUCCUGGUUGUGAGACUAGAAAGACUGAUUGUUCUUAUUUAUCAGAAUUAGCUUGUAAUAAAACAGUAUUAUAAAAUGGAUCUCGAUGUUUAUAUACCGGAAUCUGUACAACCAUAGGAAGUGAGGAUUGUAGUUCAAUAUCAACAUAAGGAAUUCAGUAGCAUCACAUAUGUUAAUAUCAUGCAGAAUAUUGUAUAGGAAAUUUAUAAAAUGAAUAUGGUAGAUGUUAACAUAAAUAUUAUUGCGGUUCUUACGGUUAUAGCUUAUGUAAUUUUAUGCAUACUAAUUAUAAUGAUUGUGUAUAUGAUUCAGAUUAUAAUUAUUGUAGAUAUAAGCCUUAUUGUGAUUCUAUUUAAAACUACUCGAAAUGCUCUGUAUCAGGUGUUGGUAUACAAUGUUAUUGGGAUGAUUAUUGUAGAAUUAUGGAAUGUUCUAUGAUUUCAAGAUUUUCAGAUUAUUAGUGUUUUGAUGUGUCAAAAUAAUGCAGAUAUGAUGGAGUUUCAUGUGUAGACUUACGAGAUUGUUAUGACAUUCAGAAUAGAUUACCCUCUGAAUGUAAUGUCUCUAUUACUAUUUAUGGUGAGAAGUGCUUUCAUAAUGGUUCAAUAUGUAGAUAUAGAACAUGUAAUGAUUUUACUUCCCCAAUUGAUAAUUAUUAAUGUUAUAGAUGGGUGAGAUAUUGUAUAAAAGAUGCUUCAUCAUCAUACUGUAUUAGUCCAUCAUGUACUGGGUUUACAGAUAUCUAUUAAUGUCUUAGGAAUGGUUGUAAAUGGCAAUAUGGUUAUGGUUGCAUUUAAAAUAUAAGAUGUUCUUACAACACUACUGCAACUCUUAAUUAUGAUUGUGAAUUAUUAAGCCCUAUUUGCAAACUCAAUUAUAGACAUGGCUAAGGUUGUGAAUUUAGAUCUUGUGCAGAUAUUACCAAUUCAGAUGUUUGUAAUAUUAGUCGUAAUUAUCAUUGGGUAUAUUGUAUCUAUUCUUCUUAAAUAGGUUAAUGUAUUCAUUUAAAAUGCAUUUCAAUUUUAUCAUAAUCUACUUGUUAAAAUGCUUAUGGAUAUUAUGACAAUGAUCAAACCUUUGUUUCUAAAUGUUAUUGGUGUAACAAUACUUGUUCUCAUACAAAUUCAUGUUCCUCAACCAUUAAAAAUCCACCAUUGUCUCAUAAUGAUUGCUUUUUUUAGAAUCCAAAUUAAACUAUAACAUAUGAAGUUUCUACAUGUACCUACAAAUAACUUUAAUGCACAGACUAUAUCUAUUAUAAGGAAUGUGUUUCUACAAUUACUGGGCAAAAGUGCUAAUGGGAUACAAAUUAAAACCCUAGUUGCAUUGAUUAUUGUCUAACUAAAUCAUAAGCUGGGCUAACACAUACUUUAUGUCAAGCUUAUCAUAAAUAAUGUGUAGCUAACUCUACAUCAAGUUAAUGCAUUUUUUUAGACUGUAAUAAUUACACAACUGAAUCAAUAUGUAAUUCUAUAACAAAUUUUUGCAUGUGGGAACCAAUCGAUUCCAAAUGUGUAAAAUUUGAAACUUAUUUAUAUUGUCAUAGAUUCAAUUUAGAGGCUGAUUGUAAUACUGGUUAUAAUAGUGAUAAUAAUGGAUGUUUAUGGAACUCAAUAGAUUCAAGAUGCGAAAAUAGAACUUGUGAUAAUUAUGUUGGUGUUCCUCCUACAAGUUUAUAGGAUUGUAAAACUUGGUUAAAGCAUUGUGAAUUUGAUUAAACUAAUAAUGUUUGUAUAUAAGAUUGCACAGGUGCUCCAAAAUCAUAAAAUUAUGAUACAAUAUCUGAAUGUGAAAAUUAUUAUUUAGAUAAAUCUUGCACAAUUGUUCCUGGAUUAAGAUAAUGUUAAGAUUUAUUUAUUGAAUGUUCUUUGUAUUUGAUAGAUUAAAUGUGUAAUUAUGAUAGCUCUUAUAAUGUAUGUUACUGGAGUAUUGAAAAAAAUAAAUGUUUUACUCUAGAUUGUAGUAUUUUAGAUUCAAUUAACAAUAGUCAUUUAAAAUGUAAUUAGAUGUCAAAAAAAUGCACAGUGAAUUCUGGAUUAUCAGGUUGUAUUGAAUUAGAUGAUUGUAUUAAUUAUACAAUACAAUAACAAUGUAUAAUAGAUAAAAAUGGAAUUGAUUGCGAAUGGCAAAAUAAUAGUUGUUUAAUAAAGACAUGUUAAACAGCAACUUUAGGAUUGUAUACUCCUACUGCAUGCUAAACAUAUUUUUCUAUGUCUAUUUGUACAAGCAAUAAUAAUUCAGAUGGAUGUUUUGAAGGUUUAGAUGCUUGUAAGAAAUAUAAUAAAGAGGCUUGUAGUUUAACAGGAUAGGUUAACAGUUAAGGAAUUCCAUGUUUUUGGGAUAAAGAAUAAGGAAGAUGUAGAGAAAAAACAUGUAGUAAUGCUCCUUCUAACUUAAAAAGUAAUGAAGAAUGUGAAGGAUUUUUAGAAUAUAAAUUAUGCUAAUUAAUUGGAUGUAAGUAAAUGUAAUGUAAUGAUUAUGCAUACAGAAAUGAUGAAACAUGUAAAUAUGCUAUGGAGAAUUUUAAAUGUACAACUAAUGGUUAUGAAUGUGUGGAAAGAGCUUCUUGUGAUUAUGCAUUAUUAGAAGAUGCUUGUACAUUUGAUUCAUAAAUGAAUGAAUGUUAAUGGUUUGAUCAUCCUUAAUAUUUAUGUGUUUUAAAAUCAUGUGAUACAGCAUCGAUUCAAUUUAAUACUCAUAUAGAAUGUGAAAAUUAUCUAAAAGGAUGUACUAAUAAAAAUGAAGGUGGAUGUACUAUUUUAAAAACUUGUACAGAAAUUAAAACUUAAGAUGGUUGUAAAAAAGAUAUUAAUAAUGAAGAAUGUAUAUGGGAUACAUUUUAUUAAAAAUGCUUUAAAAAUGAAUGUGAGGGAUUCUGUGGAGAUGGAAUGAUUUAAAUACCUAAUGAAGAAUGUGAUGAUGGUAAUUAUUUACCUUAUGAUGGUUGUUACGACUGCAAAAUUUAAUGUCCUCUUGGUUGCAAUAGUUGUAAUGGCUUUAUUUGUGAAAAAUGUAAUGCGAUUAAAGGUUAUUAUUAUAAUUAAAAAAGUGAAGAAUGUGAAACUAAAUGUGGUGAUAAAAUUGUUAAUGGAUAAGAAUAUUGUGAUGAUGGUAACGAUAUUGAAUAUGAUGGUUGUUAUAAAUGUGAAUAUUCUUGUGAUAUCUAUUGUCUUAAUUGUUUUUAAGGAUAAUGUAUAGAAUGUCUUGAAGGAUUUUAUGAGAAUGGUCCAUAUUGUAAAAGUAAAUGUGGGGAUGGAAUUUUAAACCCCUAUUUCGAAGAAUGUGAUGAUGGUAAUAUUAAAAUCGAAGAUGGAUGUAAUUAAUAUUGCAUUAUUGAAACCAAUUGGAGAUGCAAAGUUAUUCAAUCUCUCAGUGAAUGCUAUUAUCUAGUUUAUCCUAAAAUUACACUUACUUUAUUAACUAAAUAAACUGAAUAAACUCAAGAUGUUAUGUUAACUUUCUCUGAAAAAGUCAAAUUAAAUAGCCCUUAAGUUACUUCUGAAGAUUUUUUAAAUUAAAUCUAAGUUUUUAUCACAAAUAAAUAAAGUGUUGAUUUUUCAUUUAGUGUUGUACCUAUCAAUCAAAUUUCCUAUGAAUUAAAUGAAGUCUCUUAUAGAAUUACACUAACUAUCAAAGAAUAAAUUAUUAAACCAAAUCUAAAAGUCUAAAUAAAAUCUAUUUAUCUAGUUAAUGAAUAUGAUAAUAAAUUACUUAUAGAUAGUCAAGAUCUAAUUCUGAAUGACUCUUAUGUUGUAUCUGAUAGUUCUAAAUCUGUUGCUGCUAGUGCUGCUUUUUUAAGCCAACUUAUCAUUUACUCUGUUUUGUCAUUAGCAGUUGUUUCUUUUCUAAGUGGCAAUUUAGAAAUCUUAUUUAAUUUAAUUGAUGUUUUACAAUAACUAUCCUACAUUAGAUAUAUUAAUAUUAACUUUCCAUAUCAUUUAGAUUUAUAUUUUGAUGUUUUUAGUUUUGUAACAAUUUAACCUUUACUUGAUUCUGUUAAAAUAAAUACUUUUUUUGAGGAUUAUUUUAACAUAGAAACCCCUGAAAUAUUUGCUUUUGGAAAAUUUAAUAUGUUUGGAAUAAAUGCAUAUUUUGGACUUAAUUUUUAAAGUUUUCUAGUAUGUUUGAUUUUAGGUUUUGGAAAUUACCUUAUUGCUAUAAUUAUUACUUAUAUUCUGAAAAAACCUAAAAUAGGAUGGGGUGACACUCCAAAUAAAAUUAAGAGAUAUUUUUAUUUGAUAACUAUGAAAAUAUAUUCAUUACUUUUUUCAACCUCAUUUUCAUAUAUGAAAUAUUUUUUCUUUUCAGGAUUAAUUAGGAUCGUGUUAUCAAAUUAUUAUGAUCUAACAUUUUCUGCAUUACUUUAAGUAAUAAAUUUUAAAACUGAAACAGCAUUAUUAAAAUAUAGUUCACUUUUAGCUUGUGCUACUUUGAUUUUAAAUGCUUCUAUCAUAUUGAUAUUUUAUGCAUCAUUAUCAAAAAAAAAUGUAUUUUAGAAAAACUUAUUUGUAUUAGUAGAUGGAUUAAAUAUUGGAAGAAAUUAAUGGAAUAAAUAAUUUAAUACUGUAAAUUUAUUUAAAAAGUUAUGUUUUAUUUAUUCUUUAAUCUUACUUUAAGGUAAUCCAUUUUUCUAAACUUUAUUGAUUUCCUUCAUAUCUGCAUCAUUUGCAAUUUAUGUAUUAUUAUUAUAACCAUUUUAACAUCAAUUUGAAAACUAUAAAAUUAUUGUCACUGAAUUUUGUUUGAGUUUCAAUACUUUAUCAUUCAUAAUUUAUUGUAUCCCUGAAAUUUUAAGUAAUAAUUAAAUUUUCAAUAUGCUUGGAUGGUUAAAUAUUAUUCUCUUUAGUGUUAUCUUAACAUUCUGUCUAGGAUUAGAUACUUAUUCUUAAUUUUUGUAACUCAAAAGAAUAUAUGACAGAGCUACAAGACCAUUAAUCAAAAAGCCAAAGUUAAAGGUAUAAACAUUAAAAUUAUUCACUGUUAUUGGAGAUAACGAAAUCAGUUUCUGA